AUGGAGGCACUUCAAGCUCAAGCCAAGUUCAAAGCGGACAAGGAUCUCGCCAAGAUUCCGGCUGUCCCAAACAAAAAUUACAAACGCCAUGGUACAAAGUCUUAUGUCUAUCUCCUGAAUAAGUUCAAGUUUGAGCCGACCAAACCGGGCCCCUAUGUCCAAACGCGAAGAAUGGCUCAGAGGGGACUCGCCGCCCCUGGUUUCAACGCUCCAGUCGGCGGUCGAGUCUCCAUGAAGCAGGUUCUCAUGAAGAAGGCUAAGGAUGACCAGCACGGAGAAGUCACGGCCGAGGACCAACAAUGCGACUCGAUGUAUCUCUGCGAGAUUUCCAUCGGAACACCACCGCAAAAGUUCAUGUUGGACUUUGACACAGGCUCCUCCGAUCUCUGGGUCUUUUCGACCGAGCUCAGCAGCUCCCUCCAGGGCAACCACAGCAUCUUCGACCCCACCAAGUCCUCGACGUUCAAGAAGCUCGAUGGCAAGACGUGGAAGAUCUCGUACGGCGACGGCAGCUCGGCCUCGGGCGAUUGCGGCACCGACAACCUCGUCCUCGGCGGACUGACGGUCGAGAAUCAGGUAGUCGAGCUCGCCAGGCAGCUCGCGCCGCAUUUCUCGCUGGGCACGGGCGACGGCCUUCUUGGCCUUGCUUUCAGCUCCAUCAACACAGUGCAGCGCGAGGGUAGUUUCCGAGACCCGCAGGCCACGCCCGUCGACAACAUGAUCUCGCAGCGCGGCAUCCCUAAGGACGCGGAGCUGUUCACGUCGGCCUUUUACAGCGAGCGCGACGGUGGCAAGCCACGUUCGUUUUUCACGUUCGGAUGGGUCGAUGUGGAACUCGUCGAGGCGUCCGGGGAGGAUGUUCACUGGGUGGACGUUGAUACGACGCAAGGGUUCUGGAUGUUCCCGUCGGCGUCGGCGAGCGUCAACGGCAAGGCCAUCGCGCGGGGCGGGAACACGGCUAUCGCGGACACGGGGACAACGCUGGCUCUCGUUUCGGACGAGGUCUGCGAGGCGCUGUACGACGGGAUCCCCGGCUCUAGGUAUGACGAUCAGCAGCAGGGCUAUGUGUUCCCAACAAGCACCACGACGAAAGACUUGCCCGAGUUCAAGAUCGCCGUCGGUGGCAAGGAGUUUGAGGUCCAGAAGGAGGACUUGGUAUUCGCGCCGGCCGGUGACGGGUUUUGGUACGGAGGUGUGCAGUCUAGGGGCUCCAACGCGUUCGACAUUCUGGGCGGUGCGUUCUUGAAGUCGAUUUAUGCGAUCUGGGAUCAAGGGAACACGAGGUUCGGAUGCGUGCCCAAGAUGGAGAAACCACAAAACCUGGAACCUCCGUCUUCCUGA